UUCGUUCAUUUCAUUGCUUUCACUUCUUCCAAUUGGCUAUAGUUGGUUAUUUGCUUCGAAAGUUUUGUGUACGUGUUUUUAAUUUAAUAACAACCGUGUUGUCAGUAAAAUAAAAUGGGAUCAGGAAAGCAACAAAAAGUGCAAUCUUCAGGCUUCACCAAGGAAGAGGAACUGCUAUUGCAGGAUUUCAGCCGUAAUGUGAGCACCAAAUCAUCUGCGCUAUUCUACAGCAAUGCUUUCAUCGUAUCGGCGAUACCAAUUUGGCUCUUUUGGCGUGUGCAUAAUAUGGAUUUGCUGUCAAGUGCAGUUUUCUUCGUGCUAUUGACUGGCGCUAGCACGUAUCUUAUGGCUAUGGCAUAUCGCAACAUUAAAUUCCAGAUUAAACACAAAAUCGCUGUACGCCGCGAAGAUGCCGUAACUCGCGAGAUUAACCGUCAAAUUGGUGAUGACAAGAAAGUCACACGUAAAGAGAAGGAUGAGCGCAUUUUAUGGAAGAAGAACGAAGUCGCUGAUUAUGAAGCUACCACUUUUUCGAUCUUUUAUAACAAUGCUCUUUUCUUGGCCAUUAUCAUUUUCAUUAGCUUUUUCUUAUUGAAAAACUCAUCACCUUUGGUAAAUUAUAUUUUCUCCAUUGGUCUGGCCAGUGGUGCUUUGGCGUUAUUCUCUACUAGCACUCAAACUAAUUAAUAUGCCACAGUUGGAUCCCAGUUAUGUUAUUAACGCGGUAUACAAAGAUGAGAUUUACCAUUUCAUUAUUUUUUUUAUGAAACACAAAUAAUUUGUAAUAACACAAAUGUGUGAACGAGAGCAACUGGAAGUAUUUUCACUUUCAACUUAAGCCAGAAAUAAGAAGCAUGAAAAAAUUUCAUAAUAAUUAAGAAAACAAAAAACGAAUAAAAUACGCGUUUAGUAUAAAUUCCAUUAUAAAUAA